AUGUCGACAACAAUCGCCAAGCGCAAGCGUGCCAUGAAGGCAUGCAUCCCCUGCCAUCAGCGCAAGCGAAAAUGCGACACCGUCUAUCCUUGUGGCAUGUGCACCACCUACGGCUACAACUGCAGAUACACCGACGAAAACAAGCGCGUCAGCCUCGACGGUGAAAGUCGUCUGACGAGCCGAGCUACCACAGACCACAAUCCGAGCAGCCGGCCCCAUGCGGAGCAAGACCGCCGCGAAGGCGAAGGCUCGUCGAAUAAUAGUCCCGUCGUGGCGGCCAGCGCGUCCCCGGGCAUCUUCGACGCGCAGAAGCUCAGAUACUCCGGGGCCUCGGCGGCCAUGGCAUUCCCGCACAUCCUGGGCGUGGCUCUCGGUUCCGACAGCCCUCCAAAGAUGCGCUCGUUCGCGUACAACUUCGGCAUUCGCCCCGAGGAGGCAUCCCAUGCGCACUGCUUUCUGGGCACUUUCAUCUCGGAGGAAGACCUCGGGGAAUUCUCGGCCGCCUUUUUCUCGGUAUUCGGUCCCAUCGGCGACAUGAUAGACCCGAGAAUCUACGCCCAGCGAUGCCGCGAUUAUUACCAGAACUCGGGCAGCAAUUCCGUCGCCUUUGCCGCUGUGGCUGCGGGCGUCGCUGCUGUCGGAUCGUUCCUCUCUCCCAGCAGACAUCCACGGGAGUCGGACCUCGUGCAGUACGCCAAGGCCAUCCUCGAUGAUCCGGCCUCCAUGCGCUGGCAUGGAAUUGACCACAUCGUCGCAUGGGGUUUGCGGGUGUUUUAUCUCCGGGCAACGACUCGACCCAGCAAUGCUUGGAUCGCCUCGUGCACGCAAAUGCACCUCUGCGAAGCAAUCGGGCUGCAUGAGGAAGAGAACGUCAAGAAGAUGGCGUCCCUCGCCGGCGCCGCUGCCCUCGGACAUGAUGCAGACCGACUGCGGAGGAUCUUCUGGAUCUCGUGGGCCGCGCAUAAUAUGCUGUCGUAUGAGUACGAUCGUUCGCCCGUCGCAUUCCGGACCGUCACCUGUCAGCCUAUCAUCUCGAUCCCAGGGUCCGUCGCCGACCAGUUCGUCCAACUGAUCCAGAUCAUUCCAUCGCCCAAUUCUCCCUUCCAGAUCGAGUUGCCGCAUGUAACUCCGAGUGAGAAGCUCUUGGCACAUCUCAAGGCGCUCGAUGAGUUCCAAGUUAGCCAUCCGUUUUUCGUGGUGACCAAGGCGGAGAUUGCGUUUUGCUUCUACCGACGUCUUUACCAGCUCAAAGUCCGCAUACCGGACGAUGCCGUUACUCUGGUAAUUGCUAACGGUAACUCCGCGAUAGAGGCAGCCCAGCAGCAAGCCAGCGAGGGUCGUCUGUUCUGGAACGUCAUCGGCAGCGUCUUCCAGUAUACGUGCAUCCUGUUGGCCAUUGACGCGCCGCCGGCCUCCGCCCACAUUGGUGCCGCAUUUAAGGGCCUGGAGAACCUUGUCAAGGCUGCCGAUACGGUGCUAACACGGGAGGCGUUGUCCAUGGCGCGACACCUCCUCAGCCUUAAUGUGGCGAAAAAGCGAAGAGAACUUGCCCAGCUAGAAGCUGUCGAGGCGGGUUAUGAAUUCUUCCAGACACCGCCGGUUUCUGAAGCUAAUGCUGCUGCGUCAGACAUGGAUUGGGCGGUGGACUGGGAUCAAUUCUUCAUCGAGCCGUUUUCGUUCAUGCUCGGUCCUGAUGUCCAGUUCUAG